AUGGCCCUCUCUAUUAUUACCCUGGCAUCCUCCUUCCUGUGUUGUUCAGACUCUUGCAAUGGUUUCGAAGAAGGCGGCGGCCGUUUUGCUCCUGGUGUACGUGAUGUCAGUGCUGGCAGAACGGGCUGAAGGCUUUGUGCCCUUCUUCACCCAGAGCGACAUCCAGAAAAUGCAGGAAAAGGAGAGGAUCAAAGGGCAGAAGAAAUCCCUGACCUCUCUGCAGCAGCUGGAAGAGGAAGGCUUCUCUGAACAAUCUGGUGCAGAUAACGAGGGGAUGAAGACUAUCCAGCUAGCUGUCCCUGUCAGGGCUGGGAUGUGGCUCAUACUGAGGCAGCUGGAAAAAUACCAAGGUGUCCUGGAGAAACUGCUCACGGAGGUGUUACAGGACACCCCAAACGGUACUGGCAGGGGGUUGAUUUCUGCCUUGGGAAUUCUGCCUUUCUCUCCUCUCACCAGCUCAUCAUCAUGGAGAUAUUUAUAUUCCUCAGAAGGGCUUUUGUGUCAUGUUUGCUCACUUUACAGAGUCCUCAGUUACCCCACUCUCUCUCAUGUACACACUUUUCUUCUGGGAAGGUUAUAUUCUCUCUUAGAGAGCUGUCUGUGUCCUAGAGCUGAUGUUGACUGUUGGCAGCAAUGCAACAAUUUCCAGCAGCACUGCUUUCUACCUCCCCACUCCUCCUUCUCAAAAGUCCUCAGUCUUUAGGGUGCAAUUUCCAGCAGUGCUUAUAAUGAAACCUGCUCAGGUGAGGCACCUCAGCACC